UGGACGCGACGUUAAACCCCAUUUCACCUCACCUCACCUCACUGUUAAGAAGAAAGGGAAAUCACCGUCCCAAUAGGUCUGAAUAUAUUCAGUCUAAAAGUACAUCUGAACGGAUAAUUCGAACCACGGGCAUAUGUUGCGAACAAGUUUUCAACAAAACCUAAAGCUGAGGCAGUUAUUCUGGUACCGACAGUGAGGCGACUGUGACGUGCGUGCCAGAGUUGACAUAAUGUGGAGCACGCCGCAACAAGCCCCACAGCCCCACUGCAUAGAGCUGAGAGGUGAAUGAAUGGCCAGGACACCAUGGCGGCAGCGUAGGCGAUGGUAUCAACAUCGUUGAGAGGCUCCAACUCAUCGUCCAGCAGAGCCAUGCAGCUACUCUACCCAUUUCUGAUGAUAGUCAUAUUGGAAACACAUGGCCAGACUAACUGUGAAUGGGGGAAGUAUGGCGAAAACUGCAGCAAAGAUUGCCCUUCGACUUGUAUCCUUGACCCGGUGCGAAACCUCACACACUGCCACAAGGAGACAGGGAAGUGCUCGGAGGGGUGUGUGCCAGGGUGGUUUGAGGAUCUCUGUGAUCACGCUUGUAGCAAGAACUGCUUGAUAAACACCUGCAAUCGACAAAAUGGCAUCUGCACGUUUGGUUGUGAUGGAGACUACACAGGAGACUUCUGCAACAGUAUUAGAGGGACGACGGCAACACCUCCGGGGGAAUCGAGCACAUACACAUCGCCGACAACACCGAGUGAAUCCAACACAGAGACAACCCCGGACCUGGCUGCGAUACUUGUCCCUGUGUUCCUCAUCCUGGUCGUUGUCAUUGCUGUGGUGCUGUUCAUACUAUUCUUUUACAAACGAAAACGGAAACGGGGAGACACCAAAGGGAUUAUCGAUGCAGUGACAUGGGUACUUCCAUGCUGGAGAACAACUGAUACAGCUGGUACAGCUGCCAGAUCCAGUGCUGGUGAAAAUGAACUUCUCAUGGCAGAGGAGGGUGGAGCCACAUCGGAUGGAGACGCUGAAUCUACCUGCAGUUUUGAUCUCGUGGAAGAUGAAGCCUUGCCGUUUGGUUCACUAGAACAGAGGCUAAAGGAUGUCCGAAAGGUGUUUGUUAAAACUGAGAGCUUUAAGCAGAUGAAAGAGAAGCUGAAGACGUUUGGCCAUGUGACAAUAAGUGGCUCUCCAGGAGAAGGUAAAACAUCCAUGGCCCUGAUGCUGGGAGCUGAAUACAGGAAGCAGGGGUAUGAGCUGGUACUGCUUGAGGAUGUAGAUAAAGUACAGUUGUCUGAUUUUAUAGAUAAAGGCAAAGACGUGUGUGUUAUAUUGGAUGACGUAUUGAAGACAGUCAGAUCAAAUAUGGAUCUGUCCGGUCUUAUGCAUUUUUUAUAUGACCUGCAUGUGCAUCUGGAUCAGUGUGAGGGAAGGUCCGAGGGAAGAUACUUGCGUCUGCAACAAGAACCAAGCAAGAUCAAACAAACAAACAUUUGUGUUAUAUUCACUGUAGAAGCAGGUAUUCUUCAGUUUGCAAUAUCGAAGUUGGAGAGCCAUCUGAUUUUCAGAAGUUUAACAGAUGUCACACUAGGUUGUCAGAUUACACGUGAGGAGAAGAAAAAAAUGUGGCUAAAUCACACAAGUCACACACAAUGUAGUAAACAAAAUGAGUUGAACAAACUUAUUGCCUUUGAAGGAACAACUGUCAGGUUUCCUCUCGUAUGCAAACUGUUCUCAAGUUGUGAUACUUUUCAAAUGCAUCCUGAAGCCUUUUUCGAGAAACCUAUAUUUUACGUAAAAAAUCAACUUCAAACGCUUGUCAGCUCAUUGGAUGACAAGUCAGCUGCCCUCAUCCUGGUCUUACUUUCUGAUGGGCAGCUAAACAUCAGUCAACUGGAGAGUGAAGGUGCUAGCCCAGACCUAGAGGCUCACCUCAAGGCAGUUGCAACUCUUGUGAAGACAUCAACCAGACAGGGUGUCACUAAAGCUGUCCGGGGCUUCUGUGGUACAUUGUUGACAGAAGGAAACAUAACAACAUUUUCUCAUUCUGUGAUGUACGAUGUUUGUGCUUCUAUUGUAUUCAAUAUUGAACCAGAGUUAAUUCUAAAACAUUGCAGUAUUAAGUUCCUGUUUGAGCAUGUACAGGACGAGCAAGCCAAAGUUAUUCCUGUUAGUGCACACCAGCUCACCAUUUAUUUAUCAGGGACCUAUAAGGAAAUAAUUGUUGCCAGACUGGCUGAUUCACUUGUCUACGGUGCUCCAAGUAAAUACAUCAUGUAUUCCAUAGUGAAAAGAGAGGAAAUAGCUGCCUAUUUAUCUCAAAUGACUGAAAAUGUUUUUUCCCUGUCUUAUGAAGCCAAGCACAACAUUCUCCAUUACGCCUGUGUCACUGGGAACAAGAAUAUCCUGCAGCGACUUCUUCCUCACUGUGAAAUCAAUAGGCGUGGGUUGAAUGGCUGGACACCAGUGAUGUAUACAGUUGUUUCUGGACAGAUGGAAUGUUUUGACUUCCUUGUGAAACACAAAGCUGACAUCACUUUAUGUGACAGCAACAAGAACAAUUUAUUACAUUUGACCUGUCAACAUGGAGAUGUGUCCACAGUAAAACAUGUGAAAAGAGAGUUUAAGAAACUGAAUUCUGAUUUGAAUCUCAACAGUCGAGGAAUACAUGACUUGACACCAGUAAUGUGUGCUGUGCUGUUUGGCACGUAUGAUGUUUUAGACUAUCUCUGCAAAAAGAAAGUUGAUUUAACAUUAAGAGAUAGCAACAACAACACAGCACUUCAUCUUGCAAGUCGGUAUGGAAAUAAGUCCACUGUAGAAAGUCUUCUCCCAAACACAGAGAUAAAUACACGUGGCAGCAAUGGACAAACGCCAGUUAUGUCUGCACUGUUAUCUGGAAGGAAGGAAACCUUCGACCUUCUUGUGUUAAAAAAGGCUGACAUUACAUUGACUGACGCUGACAACAACAAUCUCCUUCAUACAGCUUCCCACGUUGAUGAUGUAUCCAUGUUAGUGCAAAUCGUACCACAGUUUGACAUUAAUACUCGCGGAAAACACGGCUGGACAGCAGUGAUGACGGCAGCAAUAAAUGGAAAAAUGGAUGCAUUCAAUAUCCUGCUAAAAAUGAAGGCUAACCUGAAACUGAAUGAUGACACCAACAACAAUCUUCUCCAUCUUGCAUGUCAUGGAGGAAAUGUCUCUAUUGUGGAAAUAUUAUUGCGAAAGUUUGAGAUCAACAGUCGGGGAAACAACGGUUGGACGCCAGUGAUGUUUGCAGCUGCAAGUGGAGAAGAGAGUGUUUUCAACCUGCUUGUGUCACAGGGGGCUGAUAUAACACUGAGGGAUGGCUACAACAAUUCUGUAUUCCAUUUAGCAUCUAUAGGUGGAAAUAUUUCCAUUGUGAAAUAUCUAUUGCCAAGUACUGCUAUCGACUGUCGGGGAAACCAUGGGAGAACAGCACUAAUGAUUGCAACUUUGCUUGCUAAACCAACUCUUUUCAGACUACUGUUGUCAAAGAAGGCCAAUAUGACAUUGAUUGAUGAUCAUAAUGACACUCUCUUACACCUUGCGUGUCAAGGGGGGAACUACUCCAUUGUGAAAUAUCUGUUGACAAAAUAUGACAUAAAUACUUCUGGAAGACAUGGCCGAACACCAGUCAUGAAUGCAACAUGGACGGGAAGGAAGGAUGUGUUUGAUUUGCUUGUGAGUCAGGAAGCUGAUCUCACAUUGACCGAUGACUACAAAGACAAUGUUCUACAUAUGGCAUGCCAGGGAGGAAAAACAGCUAUUGUAGAACAUCUGUUGACAAUAAUUGAUAUCGAUCUUCGUGGAAAGGACGACUGGACACCAGUAUUGCAUGCAGCGAACGCUGGGCAGAAGGAUGUGUUCAACUUACUUGUGUCAAGAAAAGCGGAUCUCACCCUGAUUGAUGAUUACGGUAACAAUGCACUUCACCUUGCAUGUCAGGGUGGAAAUCGCUCCAUCGUAGACUCUCUUCUGCCUAAGUUUGAUAUCAACAUUCCAGGACAAGAUGGACGGACACCAUUGAUGAAUGCAGUUGUUUAUGGAACAGAUAAUGUGUUUAACCUGCUGUUGUCACGAGACGCUGAUAAAACAGUGAAUGAUAACCACAAUGAUUCUGUUUUUCAUUUAGCAUGUCAAGGUGGAAGAAGUUCCAUUGUGGAAUGUCUUCUGCCAAAGAAGAUCAAUAGACUGGGAAAUCAUGGGAGAACAGCCAUAAUGAAGGCAGCUUUGGCAGGCAAAAUGAGAGUAUUUGAUCUGCUUGUGACACACCAUGCUGAUCUGAAAGUAACUGAUAACAGCCAAGACAAUGCGCUUCAUUUGUCAUGUCAGAGUGGGAACACAACUAUUGUAGAACAUCUUCUUAAUAUAUUUAACAAGGAUAUCAAGGGACAGAAUGGCUUGACACCAGUAAUGUAUGCAGCUAGGGCUGGGCAGGGGAAUGUGUUUAAUCUGCUUGUGUCAAGAAAAGCUCAGAUGAAACUGUCUGAUCUCUCAGGAAACAAUCUACUGCAUCUUGCAUGUCAGGGUGGAAAUAGCUUCAUCAUAAAACAUCUCUUGCCCAUGUUUGACAUUAACACUCCGAGAGAAGAUGGAUGGACGCCAAUAAUGAUGGCAGCUCUCAGUGGAAAAAAGGAUGCUUAUGAUCUGAUUGCAACACGAGGGGGUAAUCCAUCACUGACUUCCCCUGAGACUGAUACUGUUCUUCACGCAGCCUGUCAAGGUGGUAGUGUAACCAUUGUCAAGGCCCUGAUUGGUAAAUUUGACAUCAACGCCAGAGGCAGAAAUGAUGAGACUCCUCUAAUGAGGGCAGUUAGUGGAGGCCACAUUGCUGUGUACAAGUUCCUGGUAUCUCAUAAAGCUGACCAUACUCUUGUGGACAAGGGUGGACACACUCUUCUACAUCUUGCUACUCAGCAUGGUCAGCUUCGUAUGGUGAAAUACAUCAUAGACUCUUUUGACAUCAAUGCUAGAGACGAGGCUGGCUUGACACCUGUGAUGAUGUCAGUAGUAUCUGGCAAAGUUGCUGUGUUCGAAUAUCUUAGAAGGAGAGGCAUAGACUUGACGUUAGUUGACAACUCAGGGAAUGACAUGUUGAAGCUCGCUCGUGAAGCAGGAUGCAGACAAAUCAUAGAACAACUACAACCAGCCAAGAAGGUUAAACGAUUGUCUGCACUGAAAGAUACGAAGGUUGGCAAACUGUUUAUUCCAUCUAAGAAGAACGUGCAGUUACAUUCUGGAAUAAGCUCAGAAGUCACAAAUGAGAGUCCAAGCUCCCCCACUGAAAACAGCAAUGAUUUUGAUUUGAAACAAACAGAUUAAUCUGCAGAAACAUUCCAACCUCUGGCUUGUUGUGUAGGCAACGUGUGAAUCGCCCAUCCCUUCUGUGACGGUAACGGCUGUAUGUGGACAUGAUGAUGUCUUCCGACUCCUGAUGUUUCACAAGGUAGAUCCCAGUCUGAUCUCUCUGGGGCGGCGAGAACUUUUUAAACAGUUUGAGAAAUAACACGAGAAUAGAAGGACGUUCUUUGAAAUGAAAAUCAUGUAUGGACAUUCAAUCUGCAUUGUGUCUUCAUUCAUGGUGUAUUCAGUUGUUCACAUAUCGACAGACAUGCUAGUAAUGUUUUCAUUGUGUAUGCCGCAUGACUUGCGCUGUUAAUGAUGUUAGAAUAUAUGAAAAUGAAACCUUAGGACUGUACAUAACCUUAUUUUCUAUUUUUUCAAAUAUAUGUCAAUGUUAUAUAAAUACUAGCGGAAAAUAUAACUGUGCUUCAUAUACAAUUCAGCAAUAAUAUAUAUUUGUUCGGAAAUUGAAUAAUGCGUCUUUCGAAACAAUUUGUUUUAAGACUUCUCGACUUAAAGGGUGUGAUUCACAAAGUGUAUGUGCAUGUUAAUGCGCAACACGCUAACUGGAUGUUUGUGUGUUUGUUAGUAGCAUGAUACUUGCAUAAAUGUUUUGUUGAAAUGAACAACACACACCGAUUGUUUAGUUAUCAGGUAUUUGACCGUAGAUAACGCUCUUUUCAUAUCUCUUUGGAGAAGUUCACUACAGCAAGGCAACACUAGUGACUUGUCACAGGUAAACAAGAAAAUCCUAUUUCGAUACUAUUAACUGUUCUGACAAUACCUUGAUAUCAAUUAGGGACAUAGUAUUACGCAAAUGCAUUACGUGACAUAAUUUUACGGUUGAGGGAGAGAACCAUCAGAACCACACAUCAAGUGAAACGCCCUGUUUUGCUGCCACAUCACCACCAGUGUUGCCCAACGUCGUUAGUUUAGGGGUUGAAGUGUCAUGUUAUGGAGUGGCAUCACAAGUCAUGGGAGGACACAACUUAAUGGCAAUUUGAAUGACAUGCACUUCCGCGGCGACCUCGUUCGAGCACAUGUUCUCCCCUUUGUGAAAAUGAAGGUACAUGACGUCACUAUGUGCACAGCAGAAUAAAGCAAGCGCGCACCUUGCUUCUGUUGACCUUUUGGGGCAGUAUUACCUUGCUGUACCAUGAUCCGCAGUUUCUCCAGACCACUCCCCCAUAGGAAAUAUCUGGGAUGGGACGGAAAGCUGCCUACACCAGGACUAUGGCAACUCUAGCUGAUCUGAGCCAAAUUUUUGGUUCACAUUUGGAACAACAUCCCCAGGGCUGUUUUCAAUCAUCUGAAUUCUUCAUUGCUACACAGCUUCCUCUUCUGAAUCAUCGCGAAUUUUGGUCAAACCCAAUAUUGACAAUUUUUAUUGAGUUUUAAGACCAUUCCCCUUAAAGAACAUGUUCCACUGUCUCCUGGUACCAACGACCUCCGUGGUGGUCCAGUGGGAGAGCGUCUGUCCAGAGGGCAUGAGGUCCGGGGUUCGAUCCCUGCCGCAUCAUAUAGUAAAACGUUAAAAAAUGGGCUCAGCCUAAAGGAGCAAAAACAAGUCGUGGUUGGCUCAGGGUCAGCUUACCGUGUCAAGUUACUGUGACACGCACGCACGCACGCACGCACGCACGCACGCACGCACGUGCAUGCACAUUGAAAUGUAAGUGCAAUAAUACUGGACGCGACCUUAAACCCAAUUGCACCUCACCUCAUCUCAUCUGUCUCCUGUUACCACAAAUGUGAUUUGUUAAUAAAUCAAUUAAUCAACAUAUGUAUGUAAACCAAGUUACUGAUUUGAAUGACAAGUUAUGUGGAUCUUAUGACAUUGCAUUUUGUUUUGUUUUUUAAAGAGUGUCAUUGUGCCAUAAGAUUCAUAAUUCAAGUUAAGUUUCUGGCAGUGAUAGUGUUAUUAAAUCAUUUACUCACCAUGAACUCGACACAGCAAACAAUAUUGAACUUUAUCAAAUCUAUACUGCUAAACCAAAAAAAAUGGAAUCCUAUGUCUUGUUUUAAAACUAAAAAGGCAUAUUAUUUCACUUCUCCAGACAGAAAAGGCCCCUUUAAAUACUUGCAAGGAUCGCCUGCCGAAAAAGUUGCUUUCUUGCAGUGAACACAUGAAAGGGGUGGUAAAUGGGAGGUACUUUCGAAACAUAUAUGUUUUUUUCCUUCCCCAGCAAUAUAGAAGUAAGUAGGGGCAACUCUGAACUAUAACUGGUGACAAAGGUGCUGUUGACUGAAAAGUGUUCACACUCUGUUAUAAAUAGUGACGAUAAGAGAGACAUUGCACACUGCAUCAGUAACCAUCAUGUUAACACUGUUAAGUGUGUGAUAUAUGCAUACAUAGAAAGUAUAAUAUGAGGGACCAAGUCAUACUAAGUUUACGGCACGAAGGUCUAAGUUUCAGGUUUUCCCGAGCUAGAGCUUACUUGUAAAAAUUGUCAAUCCUGACAGGACAGCGUGAUAGAUAUUCCGGAUGAGCCCAAACACGAGGGCAUCAACUGGAUUUUCACCUGUACGUGUGUUUGUUUGACGCUCAUUAUAUUCAAGGUAUUCCCUGUUGUAUCCGUCUUCUUUUGUCUGGGUACUCCCAGGUACCCUCCCCACUCCCCCUCAUCACCCACCCCAGAACCCCCGGCUUUACCAACCUCGUCGUCGCUGAUGAGCCCUUUGAGUUAAGGUAUCCUUCCCUUCCUUCAUCAACGAUUUAUGUUUAGAUUUUAGAACAUCACGUGUGUGUGUACACUCUGACAAGAACAUGUACGUGCAAUAAUUUUGCCUUUUCAAAUGCCUGUCAAAACUCGAAAACGUUCCCCUGAACUCAUAUUAUCCCCUAUUUGCCUUCCUCACACUGAAGAAAAACCUGAACAGAAUAUUGUUAAAGUUCAAUGGGAGGAAUAGUGCUAGGUUCUCCGAAAUCACCACGUAGUGAGACAUGUUGCUUGACAAUGGUGUUGCAAUAAAGAAGAUGUUCAAUAUAUCUUAUCCUUACUUAAGUAAUUAUGCCUCGUCUAUUGAGCAGUAUUUGUUUCCUGAUCAGAUAAGAAGCCAACAAUGUCGUGAUCUUGAACAUCAACAAACCCUAGAGAUUUGGUUUUAUUUGCCAUUUAACUUGAUCAGAAUCCUCAAAAAGGUCAUCUUCCAAAAUAUCGUCGAUGACAGAUUGCGGUAUAUUUACUUUCAAGAGGUAGCAGAUGACUCUCUCUGGAAGAACUAGGAGACGAUGUCUCUGAAACUGUUUCAAAUGCUCAUUUUAUUAUUGAACGUUGUAAACAUUGAAUGUUCUGAGAGGUUGAAGGGCAGUUUUCACUCCUCCUACUAAUCUGCCAUCAAUUUUGAUCAUAUCAUUAACUUUGAUGGGCAUCAGUAAUUCCGAUUAGGCAGCCAUAUUUCUUUAUCUUUGUCGUCUGCCAAGUGUGUAAAUAAACUACUAUUAACUUUUA